AUGGAUUCAACAAAAGCAACAAAACAAGAAAACUUCUCAGGCAUGGCUUGUAGCUGGUCUAAGAUUUCCCCAAUCAUUCCCAUUCUUGUUUGCUUCCUUCUUGUUGUUUCUUCAAUAUGUCCAGUUGCCCAUGCCUCCAAAAUCAGCGGAGACCGCACCGCCAACCAGACCUUCAACCCGGAGCAAGAAUUAAAAAAGCUGAACAUCAUAAGGGAUCGUCUCAAGAAGAUCAACAAGCCUGCUAGUCCAGAUGGGGAUCUCAUAGAUUGUGUUCUAUCUCAUCAUCAACCAGCUUUUGAUCAUCCUCAAUUAAAAGGGCAGAAGCCAUUGGAUCCACCUGAGAGACCCAAAGGACAAAAGCCUCCUGGUAUGGUCACUGAGAAUUUUCAGCGAUGGACCAUGUCUGGUACUCUCUGCCCAGAAGGAACAAUUCCAAUUAGAAGAACAAGAGAGCAAGAUAUGAUGAGAGCUAGCUCUGUUAAAAGAUUUGGAAGAAAAUUGAGAAGGCAUGUCAGAAGAGAUUCAUCCAGCAAUGGCCAUGAGCAUGCAGUUGGGUAUGUGAGUGGAGAUCAAUAUUAUGGAGCAAAAGCUAGCAUCAAUGUGUGGGCGCCCCGCGUUGUCAAUCAAUAUGAAUUCAGCUUGUCUCAAAUGUGGGUCAUCUCUGGUUCAUUUGGUGAUGACCUCAACACCAUUGAAGCUGGUUGGCAGGUCAGCCCAGAGCUAUAUGGGGACAACUAUCCAAGAUUCUUUACUUAUUGGACUACGGAUGCAUAUCAAGCAACUGGGUGCUACAAUCUGCUGUGUUCAGGUUUUGUUCAGACCAAUAGCAGAAUUGCCAUUGGAGCUGCAAUUUCUCCAACUUCAUCCUACAAUGGUGGACAGUUUGAUAUUAGCUUAUUGAUUUGGAAGGAUCCAAAGCAUGGAAAUUGGUGGCUGGAAUUCGGGUCCGGGGUCCUAGUUGGAUACUGGCCAUCAUUCUUGUUCACUCAUCUUCAAAACCACGCAAGCAUGGUGCAAUUUGGUGGAGAAGUUGUGAACUCGAGGCCUUCUGGUUCUCACACCGCCACACAAAUGGGAAGUGGGCAUUUUGCAGGUGAAGGUUUUGGGAAAGCUUCCUAUUUUCGAAACAUGCAAGUUGUGGAUUGGGACAAUAGCUUAAUCCCAUUAUCGAACCUCAAAGUUUUGGCUGAUCAUCCAAAUUGCUACGACAUACAAGGAGGGAUUAAUAACUUUUGGGGGAAUUAUUUUUACUAUGGUGGUCCUGGAAGAAAUGUGAGGUGUCCCUAA